CGUAACUACGUUACUUUUAAAUCCAGUUUUGGUUUUGAAAUCGUAGGCAAUGACAAUAGGGUGCAACGUGUUAUGUUAAUGUCAUCCACCGAUUUUGAAAUAUUUUCUAUAAUUUUAUUAUUUAUAGUCUUUUUCAGUGAAGAGUUUUAUGUUUAAUACCAUUUACAUCACAAACUAAGAAAUGUUAGUUAUGAUCAUCUGAAAGAUAUUGUGUUAGUGUUUAAAAUCCAAAAUUAUCUUUGUACAUUUCUCAUUAAUUAAUCACCCAGUAUUAAUUAAGGAAGUUAUUCAAAUUAAAACUAAAUAAAUCUACUAAUUCUUAUUUGAAAUGGCAAAACAAGAGGUUGUUAUUAUUUCUCAUGCCAGAACUCCUGUUGGCUCUUUCCGAGGUGGCCUUUCUUCUGUUUCUGCUGUAGAACUGGGCAAAUUUGCAAUUCAAGGAGCAGUUGCAAGAGCAGGCAUAGAAAGUGAUGCAAUUCAAGAAGUAUAUAUGGGAAAUGUGCUCCAAGCUAAUCUCGGACAAGCACCUGCAAGACAAGCUUGUAUCGCUGCAGGUCUUCUUCCAUCUACUACCUGUACAACUGUUAAUAAAGUUUGUGCAUCUGGUAUGAAAGCUAUUAUGUUAGGAGCUCAAAGUAUUAUGUUAGGCUUUCAGGAUGUUGUCGUCGCAGGUGGAAUGGAAAGCAUGUCUAAUGCUCCUUUUUAUUUAAAACGAGGAGAAAUACCAUAUGGUGGAGUAGAUUUAAAAGAUGGAGUGGUACAUGAUGGCCUAACUGAUGCUUAUGGUAAUGGUCAUAUGGGUGAAUGUGCUGAGCUUAUAGCUCGAAAAUUUGACUUUUCCCGUAAAGAUCAAGACAAUUAUGCUAUUGAAAGUUAUAAACGAACAAUUAAAGCAGAUGAACUAGGUGUGCUAAAAAGGGAAAUAGUGCCGGUCACUAUUCCAGGAAAAAGAGGUGCAGCUAGUACAGUAGUGGAAGAAGAUGAGGAACAUAAACGAGUUGAUUUUGGAAAACUUCCAACAAUUAGGCCUGUUUUUUCGAAAGAUGGUACCAUUACAGCUGCCAAUGCAAGCUCUUUAAGUGAUGGGGCAAGUGCUUGUGUAAUGACUUCAAGGGCUAAAGCAGAGUCUUUAAAUGCAAAGCCUAUUGCAAGAAUUAUUGCCUUUGCUGAUGCUGCUGUUGACCCCCAAGAUUUUCCGAUAGCUCCUGCAUAUGCCAUCCCAAAAGUACUUAGAAUGGCAAACGUUGAAAAGAACGAUAUUGAUUGCUGGGAAAUCAAUGAAGCUUUUAGUAUAGCUGGUCUGGCUAACAUCAAGAUGUUGAAUUUAAAUCCUGAGAAGGUUAAUAUUUAUGGUGGUGCUGUUAGUUUAGGACAUCCUCUUGGUAUGUCUGGAGCUCGAAUUGUUGGUCGUCUCAUAGAGUGCCUUUCUCCAAAUCAAAAAGGAAUAGCUGCUGUUUGUAAUGGUGGUGGGGGUGCUUCAGCUUUGUUAUUGGAAAAGCUUUAGUGUUUGCUGUUAUCAAUGUUUUUAAUGACCUUUUGCAAUAUAUAGUGCAUUAUUUGAAAUAUCAUUUAGAUUUUGUUAAUUUAAAAUCAGUAUUUGUUUUAUUAUAAAAUCAUAUUUCAAUGUAGAUAUUAUGCUCUAUCUAUAUUUUUAAAAUAUUUAUUACCAUACCAGUGCAUUAUUUAAAAUGUUACUUAGUGUUUUUGUUCCCGUUU